GAGGAGGGGUUUGUGCUACAGAUGGGAGGCGUUGGCCGAAUUAUCUGGGCUUUGGGGUUACUGGUGCAAAGGAGCCCAAGCCAGCGUGUCCCACUAACACGUGGGGAUGUUCACUGGUGCUGACAUGGUGCUUCUGGAGGAAGGGUCUGGACUCUGGAGCGCUGCGCUGAGCGGAAUCGGGCAGGUUGCCACGAUGCAAGGGGACGUGAAGAGGCUGCUGAUCCUGUUCAAAGAUGAGGCUGGCGAGAUCCUGGGGUCCCCCUUUGACGUGCCUGUCGAUAUUACACCCGAGAAGCUGCAGCUAGUCUGCAAUGCGCUGCUCCAGAAGGAGGAGCCGCUACCCUUGGCCUUCUAUGUCCACGAUGCUGAAAUCAUCACGUCGCUGGAGAAGACCCUGGCAGGGCAGGUGGUAGAGACAGAGAGAGUCCUCGACAUCAUCUACCAGCCCCAGGCUGUGUUCAAAGUGCGGGCGGUGACGCGAUGCACCAGCUCUUUGGAGGGGCACACCGAGGCUGUCAUCUCCGUAGCCUUCAGCCCCACUGGAAAGUACCUGGCGAGCGGCUCCGGUGACACCACUGUGCGCUUCUGGGACCUCAGCACAGAGACGCCACACUUCACAGCCAAAGGUCACAGGCACUGGGUCCUCAGUAUCGCCUGGUCUCCCAAUGGCAGGAAGCUCGCCUCAGGGUGCAAAAACAGUCAGAUAUUUCUCUGGGACCCAGACACAGGGAAUCAGAUUGGCAGGGUACUCGUCGGACACUCCAGAUGGAUCACGUGGCUGUGUUGGGAACCACUCCACAUAAAUCCCGAGUGCCGCUACUUGGCCAGUGCCUCCAAGGACUGCAGCAUCCGCAUCUGGGACACCGUCACAGGCCGGUGCGAUAAGAUCCUCACCGGGCACACACAGUCGGUCACGUGCGUGAAGUGGGGUGGAGACGGCCUGCUCUUCUCCUCCUCCCAGGACAGAACCAUCAAGGUCUGGAGAGGCCAGGAUGGAAUUCUCUGCCGCACCCUGCAGGGCCACGGGCACUGGGUGAACACCAUGGCUCUGAGCACUGACUACGUUCUCCGCACAGGGGCCUUUGAACCCGCCGAAGCCUCUGUCAACCCGCAAGACAUGAGCGGCACUCUGGCAGAACUUAAAGAGAAGGCGCAGCACAGGUACGACCAAGUCAGGGGGCAGGGACCGGAAAGGCUAGUGUCUGGAUCGGAUGACUUCACGCUGUUCCUGUGGGCCCCAGCAGAGGACAAGAAGGCACUGGAGAGAAUGACUGGCCACCAGGCAUUGAUCAACCAAGUGCUCUUUUCCCCAGACACGCGAAUAAUAGCCAGUGCUUCCUUUGACAAGUCCAUCAAGCUCUGGGAUGGCAGGACGGGAAAAUACCUCACCUCCCUGAGAGGGCACGUCUCUGCAGUUUACCAGAUUGCCUGGUCUGCGGACAGCCGCCUCCUGGUGAGCGGGAGCAGUGACAGCACGCUGAAGGUGUGGGACGCCAAGACAAGGAAGCUGGCCAUUGAUCUCCCCGGCCAUGCAGACGAGGUGUUUGCAGUGGAUUGGAGCCCAGAUGGACAGCGAGUAGCCAGCGGAGGGAAAGAUAAGUGUUUAAGGAUAUGGAGACGAUAGGAGCAGUGAAGAGAACCUGCUGGUUCUAACUGGCCCUGUCAGUAUGGCCGGGCCUGGCAGCUAACCCGCUCAGCAUGGACUGUGGUGUUCUGCCUCUUAAGCACCGUACUAGCUCUCCCUAAUUAAUUUCUGUGACGGGAGAUUAAUUCAGAUUUAAUGCAAACCAAAGAACUUGCCCUUCUGUACCCAGAUGACUUUGUCUGCAACCAUCAGUACACCUGGACCUCUGCUAGCUCCAAUUCAGCCUGGUUUCAGCUGAAACUACUGCAGCCUGUUCUCUCUGGAGGGGAGAGUGAAAAGGGGGUGGGGUCCAGUCAUGCUGUUUCCUUUCCUCGCAAAUGGAGCCUGCAGGGGCUAAAGCUUUUAGUAGGGACGGAAAAGUACGUCCUUUCCUGACCCCUGGAGAGAGAAUGGGAAAAACCAUCACACUGUUACCUUGCAAAAUUCUACUUGCCCAGUUUGCCAGGGGCAAAGAACUGUUUAAUGGGUAAGUAAAAGAGCCUUGGCCGCCUUCAUUAUUAGGGUGAGGGGAGCAAGGUGGCUUUGCCCCUGGGCUGGGAAACUCUCCCCUUAUGUAUCAUUCACUCUGUUGGCUAUAGCCCAACCGCCUUAGUCUAAGGAGCCCCCUUCUGCUUGGCUGUUUGUCCUGAACCAGGGCAGGAGGGAGCAGGCGUGAAAUGAAAACUGGUGCAGAUGCUGUGUCGAGUUUCCAGAUCUCAGUUGUUCUCUGAAUUGUGGAGAAGUGGGCGCACGUGCCUGAGUGAAUCCGUGAUCCUUCCCUGUUCUAUACACGUUGCCUAGCUCGGGUGCACUAUGCACUGGGAAGGACGGCAUAUGAGGCUGCUUUUGUGUCUCUUGCAUCCUGUUGGAGGUUGUCUGUAGGGUUGAGAUUGACUUCAAAGGCGCAGGAGCAGCCUUUAGAAACAAUGACAAAACUCCCCGUGACUUCCGUGGUGCAGAAUUGGCCCCUUACUGAGUUUAUCUAGUGCCUUUCCUUUGUCAGAUGGGUGCAGGGAGCUGUGUCACAUGUCCUGUUUCAAAAUCCAGUGUUGUUCCUAGCCAACGUGUAGUGGGUUUUAAGUUAAUGCAGCCCAACACUCUGGGAAGCAGGUGAGCCUGGAUUUACCUUUCACUUCCAAUGAGGUUUGAGAAGAGUGCAAGUCCAAAUAUGAUUAAUAAGGAACAGAUAGAAUAAUGUCGAGUUCUCUGUCACAAUUGCAAUAAAUUUACAUUAAAGACCAAAGCACUCGCUCUCUCUCUGGCGCGCCUUUGUUGUGCUUUGUGCUGGAUGUUCAGCAAACAGUUGUUUGGGUUCGUUUGGUUUUUUUUUUUUUUUUCAAUCGCUGUAGUAAACUUUAGAGUUGUUUCUGGCAUGGGAAUUGGUGCGCAAGCCUAACAUGGUGUGGAGAAUGCCAACAACAGGCCUGGAAAGGAAGAGGAAGACAGUCCAGCGAUUAGGGCUGUAGCCUCAGACUUAAGAGACAUGAGUUCAAAUCCCUGAUCUGCCACAGGCUUUCCCUCUGAUGUUGGGCAAGUCAUUUGGGGCUUGUCUACACUGCCACUUAUGGUGCUGAAACUUUCCUCACUCAGAUGUGUGAACACCCCUCUUCCCCCCUGUCCCCCCCCCGAGCAAUGCAAGUUUCAGCGCUGUAAAGUGGCAGUGUAGAUAGUGCUGCAGCAUUGGGAGCCGUGCUGGGAGCUAUUCCCCUCACAGAGGUGGGUUUUUUACAGCUUUGAGAGAGCGCUGCUGCCUCUGUGCCCCCCUGCCCUCUGAAGCACAAAUGCCAGAGGUGAGUUCCCCACCUUCCCAGGGGUAGUGGAGCUCAGACUCCCAGCCACACAGUGGCGGGCUCUGGCCAUGGGUUCUGGCCGUGUGGCGGCAGAUUCCAGCUGCAGACUCUGUCUCCCAGUCGCAGUCCCACACCAUCCACCCUAUCACCCCGGGCCCAUGCUGCCUCCCUACCCACUUCCCUAUCUGACCAAGGCUUAACCUGGCUUACCAGGCCUAAGUAAGUCUGCUGUGAAAAGUGAUAUUUGUAUGUUUGUUAAUAUCACUUUUC